AUGGGUAUUGGACUUUCAAAGAGAAAGAAGGUAGUAAAGUCAGUACCAUGCACUGGUGAGAGGAAAGAAUGUGGCUUCAUAAAUGGCAAACAAUACAAGUUGGUCAUGCUAGGACAGGGCGGAGUUGGAAAGACAAGUAUUAGUAUACGAUUCGUCUCGGAUAGAUUUGUAGCAGACUAUGACCCAACUGUGGAGGAUGCUUAUAAGAAGGAUCAUUUCAUAGAUGGCAAAGAGAUAACUUUGGAAAUAUUGGAUACGGCUGGUCAGGAGGAGUACACAAGUGGCGUGCAGGACAAGUCGAUACGUGUAGGCGAAGGCUUCGUAUGUAUAUAUAGUAUUGCAUCACGUGAAAGCUUCCAGAAACUCAAGGAGCUCCGUGAGAAGAUCCUUUGGGCCAAGGAUGCCGAGCGUAUUCCAAUGAUUAUCGUUGGCAACAAGAGUGAUAUGGAGAAAGAGCGCCAGGUACCAGCAUACGAGGGCAAAGCAUUGGCCGAUGAGUUCAGAUGUCCAUUCAUUGAAACCAGUGCAAAGACCAACAACAACAUCAAACAAUGUAUCGAACUGGUACUCAAGGAGGUCAUCAAGUACAAUUCAUACUUACAGCAACAAGCAUAG